GGCGUCCGAAUUCAAAUUUUCGUGUUGCGGAGAAACUUUGUUUACAAUCUUUUCCACUUAACAACUGUUAUUAUUUUUUUGCUUACACGAGAAAAAGUUCUACCAUGAGAGGAAAGUUGUACCGCUACUUCUAACAAGCUUUUAAAAUUAAGUUAUACGUUGAAAUCCAUGGAGGAAAAGGCGCGCGAAGAUGAACUACCCGAUGAAGUUGAACUUACAGCGUCCAAGGCUUGGCUGAAGAACACUGAUAAGUCAAUAGCCAGACUUCAAAAUGUCAAGAAAACGUAYUAUAGGCUGGGUGGUGGUCCCAAGGAAAGAGAAGUUGAUUGCUCAUGUAAUUACAGAAGUAAACACCAUAGUAGCUUUAUUAAUAUGGACGCCAACCCUCCACAGCUAUCCCAGGAAAGCCAGGAAACAGCCAGUUACCAAAAUGUGCCCAUCUCUGAUCUUGUAAAAGCACAAAAGAACAAGAAUAAACCAGUCCAAAAGCAAAAGAGACGUCCUUAUUCAGCAACAGUUCAUCAUGUCAACAAUGCACCUCCUCAUGAGACUGAGGCUCCUACGAGUAAAGGAAAGAAGGCCUUUAUUGCUGUGAAGGGCCUGAAUUUGAAUCCCAAAGCUCGACCAAAUAGUGCAUCUUGUAUUGUUUCAAGUCAACAACCGAGUAAAGGUUGUCUCUGGCAUUUGGAUCCUAAUCACGUCCAGAGAGAAGAACAAGUCAAGAUGGAAGGRCUACGGAAAUAUUCAGCUUAUGGGCAGGACGAUGACUUAUCGGCAGGUUUCGGGCUUCCGACUCCACCUCGAGUAUCACCCGAUAUACCUCCGGAAAUUUUAGAGGAGAAGAGACAUGAUAUUUCUGCUGGGGAAUCGUCUUCCGAUGACUUUUCAGAAGAUGACGAUGAAUUUGUGGAGGGUGAACUGCAACAAUUGACUGACAAGACAGACCACGUGCCAUCGAAGUUGUCAUCUAAACCUCUGAUUUUCCAAAUCCCAACAGCAGAAACAUACGACUUUAGUGACGACGAGACAGCUCGGUAUACACCGGAAGUACCACGUGACGAUGACCUCGCCCCUUCCGAUCACGUGAAAACGAGUGAGACUUUCUCAUCGUCUAAAGUAUCUUGUAAACUUCCAACGGCCACUUUAUACGAUAUCAGAGACSACAACAUAUCACGUGCCAGCGACCGCGCGCUUUCUGCCGAUUAUGUCGAAAAGAGCGAGGCUUUCUUAGACGAGCUUGAAAAGAAACAAACUCAAGAACAAGAAGAACUGACCGAAAUGUUCAGCAAAAUGAACCAAAACCAAGAAAAAAUCGAUAAUAUUGAUUUGAGAAGUGUUAUGACCACGCCCUCAUCAGCUCGUCACGUGACUACUCCCAAUGAAGACACUUCUGGUGUUAGUGUAUUGAAUAUUGCACUUCGACAACCUGGGCUGACUACUGAKGAUAUUUSUAYAACGGAUCCAAUGUGGGUCGAAGAACCUUACGUCCCUCGAYUAWAACCGAACCAAGAAACGACUCACGUGGCCAUGGGUCGAUUUCACAGUCCUAAAAGAMGWGUUCAGUCGGCUAAGACAAGAAGGCGUGGUCAAGAGGAAGGCGGCUUUGUGUUAAAGGGGAAAACAGUAGAGUUAAUGGACGCCAAAGACUUGUCUGUGACUCGGAGGCUCAGCGAUAAAGCUAUUUCUGGAAAAGAUAUGGAUCAGGGGAAUUCUCCCCAAAAAGAUGAGGUGUUAGGCAARCCUCCACGACCAAAGAGCAGCUCAUUAAAAAAGAAAAAGAGAGCGAACUCAGCUUCUAUGCACUCAAGACAAAGAAAAACAGUUAGUGAAGAACAUGACGAAGAAGCUCCCCAYCCUCCCCUCCCCUCCAAUCCUAGAAAACCGUCGAUCAGAAAGUCUCUAUCUCAAGGUGACGUCCGUUGUCUUUCSCCUGAAGUUCUUGCUAGUGUUAAGAAGACUGUAUCGUUCAGUGACGAAAUAUUGGAUAAGCCAACGCGUCUCUUAAAACCAAAUGAGAAAGAACUUACGAAGGAAAUUGUUGUUGAUGAACCAAAUCUUAGUGUACCGGAAGCGGAAGUAAAUGAUGAACCGGAAGUUGAUCUCAAGAGACGGAAAACGGAAACGGAAAAUCAUGCUCUGCAAGAAAGCAAAGCGGACGUCGAGCAGAAUUGCAAUCGUUUAGACAUUAACGAAGAUACUUUGUGUUCUACGGGACAGAAACACGACAAACAAGCAGGGGUCGUUAUUCAGAAUGGACAAGAAACGAUGGGACAUUUUCAGACCGCUCAGACGAAACCCUUUAGUAWGAGUCCCAUGAGUAACAAGCCAAUGAGCCCUACGAACGUUAUURCUAAAGUAAAAGAAGCAACUCGUUGUUCAUGUCACGUGGAAGGAUGUCACUGUAGGGACAUAACUAGGCCCACUAUGGCUGUACUGUCACAGGCCAAGACUGCSGCGAAGGAAUCCAAUUUGUCACCAAAACAAAAGUUGCUGAAACACCGCCCUUCGCGUCCAACCUCUGCACCAAUCAAAAGAGACACCAAUUCCUCGACCAACAGUUAUGUGACAUCGUCAAGAACAAGACAGAGCACAGCAUCUCAGCUCAAGCGAAGUGGGACUGAAGGUGGACGACGACCGAGACCAGUAUCAGCUCACAUCAAGAGAGCAAGUGGUUUAGAAACACGACGAAACUAUCCUCCACAUCCACCAUCGUCCAGAGAUUCCAAAGCAAAAAAGACCAAAGAAAAAAACSACCAAACAGAUUUGGGUUUCGUCUGGGGGCCGGGAAGUGAAGACGUUGCAGCAUCUGAGGAAUGUCAGGAAGUUUAUGCAAAGUUCAAAGAAAAAGGAAUUAAUAUAUCCAUGGAAACUGUCAAAAGAGGUUUAAUGGCYCCUGCUAGAAGAGCAUCUGAGAGCUGCAUGGCGUCGUUCGGUUCAUCUUCCAGUUCAGGGUUAUUGAGCAGGCCAGAAAAAUGGCUUCCAGACGAAUAUAAACGAGUGAAGAUUUGGGACGACGUAUUGAAAAAGCUUUGACAAURAUAUAUGGAUGUACAUAAUCACGUGAUGCACACGCGAUUCCACUUGACAACCAAUCAACUGCAUGGCCAAAUCCCGUACGAACAUUCCAACUGACCAGCACUUUAAAAUCGACUCGUGUUUGUCAUCAAGGAACUCGCCGCGUGGCUUGUAUAUCUUUAGUCGCACUCGAGUUACGUCUGACCUAAACUGUGGUAUUGGAAGUAGCACUGAUUCAUGCUUGUAUGCCAGGCUGUAUUGCCGUGAACAACAAGCAUUAUUUCCUAGAGAACAGGUCUUUGAAUGUACUCUGUUGUGCCGGUAUCUUGUCUUGUUUUCCUCUAAAGCAUUCUCGAUAACRAUAUGACGGAUAACAUUAAUUUCGCAAAGAAUUCUCAUCUUUUGUAGUUUUUACAAAAUAUCCGCCAUCUUAUUUCCAUACCAUAAUGCAUUUCGCUAACACAUCCACAUCCAUGUAUUCUGUGUCGCGUUCAAGGGCGAAAACGCUAGAAAUGACUUAACAUGGCCUACCGAGAAAAUAUACAAUUCAUUUUGCUUUUCUCUGUGAAAGAGAAGUUGAAAUAUAAUGAAAAAUAGUUGCAAGAAGCAACAUUAAUGGUGGGCAAUUAUCUUAAUGUAAAUAUAUUAUAUUUGCCUUUUUAAUCUCAUGGGAAUGACUGAAAACGAGCUAUAGAAACUUUUGACAAAUUUCAAAGAGAUACCGAACAAAAUCCAUAAGUGUUUGUUAUUAGGCUUUGUAUAGAAGUGUUUGAACAAAGAAUGCACAAUAAUAUAAUGGUUGAAAAUAUUAACAUAUUAUAUACCAAGUCUAACAGUUUUAUUAAAUGUUAGAUAUAUUUUGUGAUGAACUUAAUUUGCCGCCAUAAUUUUAAGGUGUAUCACUCCUCAAGCACAAAGUUCUGUAUGGGCGCAUGCACACUUUCGCGACAACCAACUGCGCAAUUUCCUUGCUCGUUACGUAAUAUUUUAACGUAUUUGGACGCUCAAUAAAUGAAGUAUAACGAUGAC